CGAAUCCUGCGGCGCCAGGUGUAGGCGGUGAGAGCAUGCAGGGCGGUCGGCGGCCCGCGCGCGGCGCGUUCGUUCCCCCGCGACGGUGGCGGCGACGCGCGGUGGCUCUUUCGUGAGCGGCGGCCGGGGCGGCCGGCUGCAAGGGGCGGGCGGGGCGGCGCACUCGGCCGGCGGACGGCGGCGCCAUGUGGAGCGGCCGCAGCUCCUUCACCAGCUUGGUGGUGGGCGUGUUCGUCGUGUACGUGGUGCACACCUGCUGGGUCAUGUAUGGCAUCGUCUACACCCGCCCGUGCACUGGCGACACCAACUGCAUCCAGCCGUACCUGGCGCGGCGGCCCAAGCUGCAGUUGAGCGUGUAUACUACUACAAGGUCCAGCCUUGGUGCCGAGAACAAUGUGGACUUGGUCUUGAACGUAGAAGACUUUGACGUGGAGUCCAAAUUUGAAAGAACAGUUAAUGUUUCUGUACCAAAGAAAACCCGAAACAACGGGACGCUAUAUGCCUACAUUUUCCUGCAUCAUGCUGGGAUUCUGCCCUGGCAUGAUGGGAAACAGGUGCACCUGGUCAGUCCUCUGACCACCUACAUGGUCCCCAAGCCAGAGGAAGUCAACCUGCUCACGGGGGAGUCUGCUGUACAGCAGCAGAUGGAGGCUGAGAAGAAGCCAUCGAGUGCCCUGGACGAGCCCAUCUCUCACUGGAGACCCAGGCUAACGCUGAACGUGAUGGUGGACGACUUUGUCUUCGAUGGAUCCUCGCUGCCUGCCGAUGUGCACCGGUACAUGAAAAUGAUCCAGCUGGGGAAGACGGUGCACUACCUUCCCAUCCUGUUCAUUGACCAGCUGAGCAACCGCGUGAAGGACUUGAUGGUCAUCAACCGCUCCACCACCGAGCUGCCGCUCACCGUGUCCUAUGACAAGAUCUCGCUGGGGCGGCUGCGCUUCUGGAUUCACAUGCAGGACGCUGUGUAUUCCCUGCAGCAGUUCGGGUUUUCAGAGAAGGACGCGGAUGAAGUGAAGGGCAUUUUUGUGGAUACCAACUUGUACUUCUUGGCGCUGACUUUUUUUGUUGCGGCUUUCCACCUGCUGUUUGAUUUUCUGGCAUUUAAGAAUGACAUCAGUUUCUGGAAGAAAAAAAAGAGCAUGAUUGGAAUGUCCACCAAAGCAGUUCUCUGGCGCUGCUUCAGCACUGUGGUCAUCUUCCUGUUCCUGCUGGACGAGCAGACGAGCCUGCUGGUACUGGUUCCGGCCGGCAUCGGGGCCGCCAUUGAGCUAUGGAAAGUGAAGAAGGCCUUGAAGAUGACUGUGGCCUGGAGAGGCCUGAGGCCUGUGCUGCAAUUUGGCACCUACAGUGAAUCUGAGAGGAAGACUGAGGAGUAUGACACGCAGGCCAUGAAGUACCUGUCCUACCUCCUGUACCCGCUGUGUGUCGGGGGUGCUGUGUACUCGCUCCUCAACAUCAAGUACAAGAGCUGGUAUUCAUGGCUCAUCAACAGCUUCGUGAACGGAGUCUACGCCUUCGGCUUCCUCUUUAUGCUGCCCCAGCUCUUCGUGAACUAUAAGAUGAAGUCGGUGGCACACCUGCCCUGGAAGGCCUUCACCUACAAGGCCUUCAACACCUUCAUCGAUGAUGUCUUUGCCUUCAUCAUCACCAUGCCCACAUCCCACCGGCUGGCCUGCUUCCGGGAUGACGUGGUCUUCCUGGUCUACCUGUACCAGCGAUGGCUUUAUCCUGUGGAUAAGAGCAGAGUGAAUGAGUUCGGGGAGUCCUACGAGGAGCAGCCCACCCCGAAGUCCCACACGGAGUGAGCACCGCAGGCAGGGCCUGCUCGCCAUGAGUAUUCUUGGAAGCUCUGGGAAUUCCUGAUGCCACCUCUUCCGAGUUGCCAAACCCUCCAGACAUCUCUGUUUCUCGGAGCUCCUCUGCCUUUGGGAGGUGACGGAAGUGCCCCGGAUGCCCAAUCCCUGAGCCUGUUUCCUGCACAGGGGUACAACAGCACUCAGGUGGGAGCCCUGAGGGUGCUGCCUCUUAGGGCCCCUCCACCCCCUUGCCCCACUCCCGACCCUGGUGCCCUCGGAGGCGGAGGAUGUGGGAUUUCCAUUUCGAGUUAAGUGUCCCUUAUGUGAAGUUCAGUGCACAUGGAAAGUUGUUCCAUAGAGACUUUGGGAUCAAAUGGCUUUUUCCUUUUCUGUUUAAAAGUUAAUUGUUUUAAAGCUUAAUGUAUGUAUGUUUCUAUUUUAAAAUAAAUUUCUUUGGCCGUGA